AACAAAAUACAAAGGCUAAUGCCAAAAACAGCUGAACUGACGCGGCACAUAAAAAGGCUAAGCAUGGGCGCUAGACAUUAUCUAAUUAUAGCGAUGUUUAUUUUGCUUGUUGAGGGGGAAUCUAAAGCACACCGACUCAUGGUGGGAGACAGAAAAAGAUAGGCGAACAAGCAGUUGGUUGGAGAUUCUACUUGGAUAUUUUGUGGCAUCGUAGAGGGCAAGAAAAACGAGGAGUUCGGAUUUUGGUGCAAAAGAAUGUGAGCUGCUUGUAACAAGAUCUUGCCGACAGAAAGUGAUUUGGAUUAAUUACAAUUUCAAAACGAGCGGCCCGAUAUCGCUUACGCCGUUACAGAACCUUCCGAUAAGUUGGCUAAUCUGAAGAGGGGCCCUGUGCGACCCGUUGACCAAAAAAAUUAGACAAUCUCAACCAAGACUAAAACAGCAUCAAGAACAGAUCCAGUUCAUGAAAUAUGUAUAGCAGAAGUUUUAACUACGUCCGGCCAWCAUACUCCAUUCCACCUCACGAACAACACACACCACCACCAUUAUCCCACCAUCCCUAUGUUUACCCUUCUCCACGUUAUGCAUUCAACACUUAUUCUCCAAGUACAAGCACUUAUCCCCCWAACACGCCCUCCUCGCAGUACGGCCAUGGCUCAUCUAUGGGGCACUACAAUGAGUCGAGGAAUAUGGAGAUCGUACCACGAGAAAAUGAAGUGCCAAUGCUACACCAUCUUCCACAGACAGCCCCUCUAAUGGACGAUUGCCGUGCUACAAUGCCUUUGGAACAUAACUGUAUUCCUCRUGCAUCGAGCUGUGAACAAGUCGACCCUAAAAUCGGAAAGAACGGCAAAAAGCGAAAGGAACGAACUGCCUUCACAAAACACCAAAUACAGGAACUGGAAAACGAGUUUCAACGAAAUAACUACUUGACAAGACUCCGUCGAUAUGAAAUAGCAGUUAGUCUGGACUUAACAGAGAGACAAGUUAAAGUUUGGUUUCAAAAUCGGCGGAUGAAGUGGAAGAGAGUUAAGGGGAAAAGACCUGAGAAAAAGCCACUGCUUGUAGACACCGAAGUCAUCGAAAACACGGGCAAAAACUAAUGGUAGUACCAGAAAUUUGGCGUUGUUUUCUGCUGUGGUUCUGCAAAUGAUGGCCUUGAGAGGAAUAGACGUCAAUACGCAAUAAGAACCUAAGAGAUUGUUCUUCUUUUCUUCGUGGGAUAUCGAGAGAAUUAGCUAGAAAUGCUUAAUAUUGAGAUGAAAAAAACGUGAUAUUUCGAAUCAUGAGCAUGAGUGAACUAUAAAGUAUGGUUUGAAAGAGACUCUAAUACUGAGAAUGUGUACAUAAAAUCCCAACUGCCUCGAUGUUUUUAUAGCUAUUUGUGUAAAAACAGUUAUAUUUGGAUAUAAUUUUAUACUGUUUGGUUUUGUUAUCUAUAUGGUACAUACUAAUUGUUACCAAGGUGGGCUUUAAUUGCUCAACCAGUUUUGAUCGGUGUACUGUGUUCCUGUUUCGUAUACGGAGUAAAGACUUUCCACACCGAAAAGCAUCAAAACUAUAUCGAUAGAUAGUCUGUCUGACUAAAUAAACGAUAAAUUUUAUAAUUCCUUUACGUUAAAUAAAAUGUUUUGGAGAUAAGAGACAAGAGACUGAGUCUUAGAGACAAUGCUAAAGAGACUGACAAUAAUGAUGAGUCUCGAAUUGAGCUGGCUUACUCUUUUUUUGCUUUAAAAUUUUCUUGGAAUUUUUCAGCUUUUUCCUCAUCUUAUUUGCCUCAUCAUCAGCUCCAACAAUUUUGAGCUUGAACUCGUUGAUAAUUUUGAUAAUGACGAACCUCGUGCGUGCUACUUCUGUUGCAGUCCUCAACCAUGUCAGUAUUGCAAUAAAUAUCGAAGGUCUUCAAUGGCUGACAGGGGAGUUUUCAUUAUGUGGCAGUACGUCACAAAAGAGACGUUCUUUUUCUUCAGCUGACCAUAGAUAAUUCAGUGGUGAUCAUGGCAGAGAAAACAGCUGAGUUUGUGUAGCGCUUCGAGUUGAGUCGCCAACUAUGCAAUUAUCAUAUAUACAAGGACACAAACAUUUCUUCAAUUAACUUUUUUUCCUUUUCAGACAAUAGCUUGUAACAUAAGGUCUAUCUGCACAAUUGUGGUUAGARAAAUGAUAUUUGAUCAGUACGUCGAGCUAGAAAUACUGCAAGCUUCGUUGCUGAUUAGAUGAGCAAGUCGUUUCGCUAAGUCUUGUUUAGUCUGUAGGUGUACCUGCAAAAAAUCAGGCAGCCACUCAGCUAUUUAAUGUUGAAAAAAAAAAAGAAAGAAAAGAAAAUCAGACAAAACUAAAAUAAACUUCUUAAAUAUGCAAAAAUAAUUUUUACAAAUUACACCAAACUAAAACUUCUGACAAUACCAUUAUUUUUAAUUAUGUAGAAAGUAUAGCGCUUUAGUUACAAACAAGCUCAGCUCUAUUUGAUGACUGACCGGCAAAUAAUUUGCGCAACUUUUCAUCUAGUCUUCAAUAAGGUCAACUUAACUUCAAUAGCUAAUUCCCAAAAUCCUCAAAUGAAAGCCAAGCAACAUAUAUGGAGUCAAAAUAACUUAUCUCUGUGAAAUCAUUUCAAUAAAACCUAAACUCUGCCCAGUCUGGACCUCAUAAUUAAUGGAUGAUCGAGCCGCUGCAGACGUUCUACGUAAAAAGCAUCAAUUGGAAACAUAUGAGGGGAAGCUGAAAAGGUUAAACCAAUUGAAGAGAAACUGGAGUUCGAGAAAGUUCUAGUUCGAAGUUUUGAAGGUUUGGGAGGCUGCGAUAUAAGACGGGRCUUUUUCUUAACAUCUACUUGAGUCUAAUUGGGAAAACAGAACCAUGUUAGCUGUGGAAGGAAGACGACGAGGCGAAAUUCCAUGUUGGUAUUAUCUUUAAAGUAUGAACAUGUAUUAUAGAAAGAAAGAAAUCCUGUAACUGAGUGAUUCAAUGCGAAAAUCGUUUUGAGACCAUAAGAAAGGGGUCACUUUGGACUCGUGUACUAAAUUGAGCGGCACGAAUCACGCAGUUGGAACUAUUCUGAGCCAAAAAAAAAAAAAAAACGUCUCACCCCUGGCAGAAGCUGCAAGGGAUUUGACAUCUUGAUAUCACAGCAUCUCUUAAUUCUCGAAGAUGAUAAAAUGGGUAAUUGCUUUUGUAUUGAUCUCAUUUUAUUCAUUAUUCCUUUAUCUUUGUWUGUUUGAAAUUUGGCCAGUGUGAGGAUAAGAAAUGAAAGAGAAUUAUUAGAUUUGAUUCGAAAUAGUUCCCCCAUCCUGAGUUUGUCAUUUUUGUGGUUUGUUUGGCGAGACCAGAGAAAGGUAUGGCUAGAAGACGUGAGACCGGAAUGAGYGGAAGCCUGCCAAGAUAACAGGCCUAUCAAAUGUUCUGUUUUGCUCGACGGCCGCUAAGGAGUUCACAGCAGUAAUCUUUUAAAAAUGAGUUCAAAAGAAAUAGCCGCAAAUUUACAAUAGAUCUAGUCCGUUGUUAAUAGCCUCUUGCUGUUGAGGAUCACUCAGUGUGCCACUCAACCAAACAAGUAGCAAUCAAAGUUGUUAAUCAUAGGGGCAGAAGGUCAACCGACGGGAGACUACAGUACAGCAGCGCACGAGCCGACUAGAUUGCCUGAGGCAAAAGAGUUUGCAGGUUGAAGUACUUUGUGGUUGGGUAUUGUACAAACCACUUGUACAUCUCACAGGAAGAUGUCCGUUCUAUCUGCCUCRAGCAAGGUAACCUCUAUUGUGGAUCGCAAAAGAGUUGCUGAAUUGUGAAAUGUUAAGUGCACGUUUGUGGUUGAUUAAAGUAUACGUGUCAGUGGAAAAUGUCAUGRCUGCCUCCAGCAAGGCAACUCUCAAUACUUUGGAUUGCCAACGGAGUCGCUGAAUUUUUAAAAUGUCUUAACURUGCACUUUUGUGGUUGCAAUUGACUUCGUACUUGUAAAUCACUUUUACAUUAAUAGAUCGAAGACUUCUAGUCUUCCGUUAGCAAGGAAGCAAUCUCAAUAUUCUGGACGUUCAAGCAUUUGCUCAAUAA